CCGGCGCUGCCUCUGAGGGAGCUUUGUGCUGCGCGAGAAGAAAGGCGGCGGCGAAGGCGGCGGGCAGGGCCGAGGCCGGGGUCUGAGAGCGAGAGAGCGAGAGAGAGCGGAGCGCCAGCGCCCCCUCACUUCCCUGGACUCGUCGCCCGCCCGCCCCCGGUUUCUCUUCGCUCGCAGCCCUCGAGGCUCCUGCGCCGCCCGCGACGGAGGAGAAGGAGAAGGAGGCGGCAGAGGAGGAGGAGGCGGCGGGAGCGCCGCGUCAAUUGAGGCCGGGGAUCGAGCGCGGCCUACGGCGGGGCCUGGCCCGCCCCCUUUGCCGAGUCCGGCCCGGCGAGGCCCUUUCCCGCCGCGCUUCCUCCGUUACGCGUCCCGGCGGUAAUCGGUCCGAUACGGCGGGGAAGUUAGAAUGGAACAGACUGACGGCCCUAUGAGAAAAAGGGAAAGCUAAGGAUGCUGGAGCAGAACAAUGGAUUUCUCCUUCUCUUUCAUGCAAGGGAUCAUGGGAAACACAAUUCAGCAACCACCUCAACUCAUUGACUCGGCUAACAACCGCCAAGAGGAUGCUUUUGAUGCCAGCAGUGACAUCACUGAAGAUGGUAGUCAGACGCCAUAUGAAGCUGCUCUUGCCUUGCAGCAAGGUUUUCAGUACCCUACGCCAACAACGGAGGAUCUUCCACCCCUCAUUAAUGGAUUUCCACCAAUUGGCAUAUAUGAACCCCAAGCCAAAUAUCAGUCAUAUAGUCAGUAUCCUAAUGGUUCAGCCAAUGGCUUUGGCACUGUUAGAAACUUUAGUCCACCAGAGUAUUACCACAUGGAGAACUCUAGCAUAAGGCCACAUGAAAAUCUGGAAAAAACAUCUCCUCCACAGCAGCCACCUCCUUCAGUAUCCCAAACGGUGAUUCCAAAGAAGACUGGUUCACCAGAAAUCAAAUUAAAAAUAACCAAAACUAUCCAGAACGGCAGGGAAUUGUUUGAGUCCUCUCUGUGUGGGGACCUUUUAAAUGAAGUACAAGGAAGUGAGUAUGCGAAGUCAAAACAUGAAGGGAGAAAAGAGAAAAGGAAAAAAAGUAGCAAACAUGAUACUUCCCACUCAGAAGAGCGCAAAUCACAUAAAAUUCCAAAACUCGAGCCAGAGGAACAAAAUAGACCAAAUGAAAGGCUGAGCACACUGUCUGAAAGACCAAGGGAAGAAACGAAGCUGACGGAUGAAACCCUGGUCCAGCAAAUCUCUCCUCCUCUUCCAACGCAAGUAGCAAGCGAUAUCAAGUUUGAGGUUGGAGAUCUGGUCUGGUCCAAAGUGGGAACAUAUCCUUGGUGGCCUUGCAUGGUUUCAAGUGAUCCACAACUUGAGGUUCAUACCAAAAUUAACACAAGAGGUGCACGGGAAUAUCAUGUCCAGUUCUUUAGCAACCAGCCUGAGAGAGCAUGGGUGCAUGAGAAGCGGGUGCGAGAGUACAAAGGACGUAAACAGUAUGAUCAGUUGGUGGCUGAGGCUGCUAAGCAAGCCAACCACUCUGAAAAGCAGAAGAUUCGCAAACCAAGGCCACAGAGAGAACGUGCACAAUGGGAUAUUGGCAUUGCUCAUGCUGAGGAAGCCCUGAAAAUGACUCGAGAAGAGAGGACGGAACAAUAUACCUUCAUCUAUGUAGAUAAAGAGCCAGAAGAGGCUUUGUCAAAAACCAAGAGGACUGGUGCGCCUAAGACAGAGGUGAAAAAAACCCGUAGGUCUAAACCAUCGCCUAAUGCGCAGCCAGAACACACCGGUGAGGUUUUGGCCGUGUCCUCUCCAUCCAAUACUGAAGUCCAGAGGAAUAGUCAGAGAAGGCCGUCAAGUGUGGAUGAAGAGCCCCCUCCUGUUAAAAUAGCAUGGAAAACGGCUGCAGCCAGAAAAUCCUUGCCAGCAUCCAUCACCAUGCACCAGGGAACUUUGGACCUUCAGAAAUGUAAUAUGUCUCCAGUUGUUAAAAUUGAACAAGUGUUUGCUCUACAGAAUGCUGCUGGGAAUGGAAAGUUCAUUGAUCAGUUUGUUUACUCUACCAAGGGUCUAGGAAACAAACCUGAAAUAAUCAUCAAGGGGCAAGACAAACUCACUUCUGUCUCAAACCAGCGAAACGAAAGAGCCUCCUCACAAAGUGCACCCUCUCCUGAAACAUCUUCUGGGUUGGCAAGUUCUGUAGAAAAGAAGCAACAGAGAAGAUCAAUACGAACUCGCUCAGAGUCUGAGAAAUCCACUGAAGUUGUGCCAAAGAAGAAGAUCAAAAAGGAGCAGGUAGAAACAGUCCCACAGACAACAGUGAAGACUGGAUUACAGAAAGGUGCCAGUGAGAUUUCAGAUUCUUGUAAGCCUCUAAAGAAAAGGAGUCGUGCCUCAACAGAUGUAGAACUGACCAGCUCAGCAUACAGAGAUACAUCUGACUCUGAUUCAAGAGGUCUUAAUGAUCCACAGGGUAGCUUUGGAAAACAGUCAGACAGCCCUUCAGCUGCAGCAGAUGCUGAUGCUUCUGAUGUACAAUCUGUGGACUCAAGUUUAUCAAGAAGAGGUUCUGGGACAAGUAAGAGAGACACAAUAUGUCAGAUUUGUGAAAGUUCUGGUGAAUCUCUGGUGUCCUGUGAAGGAGAGUGCUGCAGGGUCUUCCAUACAGAAUGCCUAGGAUUGAGCUCACAGCCUGAUGGGAAGUUCAUCUGCCUGGAGUGCAAAAAUGGACAGCAUGCGUGCUUUUCCUGCAAGCUGCCUGGCAAAGACUUAAAACGCUGCUCUGUCAAUGCCUGUGGCAAAUUUUACCAUGAGGUCUGCAUCCGCAAAUUUGCUACGGCUGUUUUUGAGUCCCGAGGAUUCCGUUGCCCCCAACACUGCUGUACUGCCUGCUCCAUGGAGAAGGAUAUUCAUAAAGCGAGCAAAGGUCGCAUGGUGAGAUGUUUGAGAUGCCCUAUUGCCUAUCACUCGGGAGAUGGCUGUAUUGCUGCAGGAAGUUUGUUUGUGUCAUCCCACAUUCUCAUCUGUAGUAACCAUUCCAAAAGGAGCAAUCACUCUUCAUCAGCUGUAAAUGUAGGCUUUUGUUUCGUUUGUGCAAGAGGGCUGAUAGUGCAGGAUCAUUCAGACCCCCUGUUCAGUUCAUAUGCCAAUAAAUCCCACUACCUACUGAAUGAAUCAAAUCGUGCUGAGUUGAUGAAAUUACCUAUGAUUCCUCCUUCUUCGUCAGCUUCCAAAAAGAAAUGUGAGAAAGGUGGGAAACUGUUGUGCUGUGAAUCAUGUCCGGCGUCCUUCCACCCAGAAUGUCUCAACAUCGAGAUGCCAGAGGACUCCUGGAACUGCAAUGACUGCAAAGUGGGCAAGAAGCUACGGUAUAAGCAGAUUGUUUGGGUCAAGCUGGGAAACUACAGGUGGUGGCCAGCUGAGAUCUGCAAUCCCAGGUCUGUUCCUCUCAACAUUCAGGGCCUCAAACAUGAUAUCGGGGACUUUCCAGUAUUUUUCUUUGGUUCACAUGACUACUAUUGGGUACAUCAGGGAAGAGUAUUCCCUUAUGUUGAAGGAGACAAAAGCUUUGCUGAGGGGCAAACUAAUAUUAACAAGACCUUCAAGAAAGCACUUGAAGAAGCAGCAAAACGCUUCCACGAACUGAAAGCACAAAGAGAAAGCAAAGAAGCACUUGAAAUUGAAAGGAACUCAAGAAAACCACCUCCAUACAAACAUAUUAAGUCCAACAAAGUAGUAGGGAAAGUUCAGAUCCAAGUUGCAGACUUGUCAGAAAUCCCUCGAUGUAACUGUAAGCCAACCGACGAAAACCCUUGUGGCCUGGAGUCAGAGUGUCUGAAUCGAAUGCUGCAGUAUGAAUGCCACCCCCAGGUUUGCCCUGCAGGAGAGCGCUGCCAGAACCAGUGCUUCACGAAAAGACUCUAUCCAGAAGCAGAAAUUAUAAAAACGGACCGGCGCGGCUGGGGUCUGAGGACAAAACGGAGCAUUAAGAAGGGUGAAUUUGUCAACGAGUAUGUUGGUGAACUAAUUGAUGAGGAAGAAUGCAGAUUGCGAAUCAAACGAGCACAUGAGAACAGUGUGACCAAUUUUUAUAUGUUAACUGUUACAAAGGAUCGUAUAAUAGAUGCUGGCCCCAAGGGAAAUUACUCUCGCUUUAUGAACCACAGCUGCAACCCCAACUGUGAAACUCAGAAAUGGACAGUGAGUGGAGAUGUCCGAGUUGGGCUCUUUGCUCUCUGUGAUAUUCCAGCAGGGAUGGAAUUAACGUUUAACUAUAAUUUGGAUUGCCUGGGGAAUGGCAGGACAGAAUGCCACUGUGGAGCAGAUAAUUGCAGUGGAUUCCUAGGAGUGCGGCCAAAGACGGCAUGUGCAACAGCAAAUGAAGAGAAAGCAAAGAAUGCAAAAUUAAAGCAGAAGAAGCGGAAGAUAAAAACAGAGCAGAAGCAGAUGCAUGAGGACAACUGUUUCCAAUGUGGAGAUGGGGGUGAAUUGGUCAUGUGUGACAAAAAAGACUGUCCCAAAGCAUACCACCUCCUCUGCCUUAACUUGACACAGCCACCCUUUGGAAAAUGGGAAUGUCCGUGGCACCAGUGUGACAUCUGCAGCAGCCCUGCCUCUUCCUUCUGUGAGUUCUGCCCCCAUUCUUAUUGCAAGGAUCAUGAAAAAGGGGCCCUUGUGGCCUCUGGCUUGGAUGGGCGUCCAUGCUGCUCUGAACACAACCCCAAGGCUCCUGUAGCACCAGAGUAUUGGAGCAAGAUCAAACGCCGAUUGGAACAGCAGAAUCCUGAGGAAGAUUCAAAGGAAUAAACUUUUCUUUCCUCAAAACAACAACCCACCUUGCCCCCCGCCCCACUGAGUGGCACGUUAUUGUGAAUUUGGGUAAAGUGCCAUGGCAUCCUCCGUUUUUGUCUUUGGAGCGGCUUCCCUGGAGCUCAGACAGGGGCCUCCUGAGUCUGUGUGGCCGUUGGCAGCAUCCAUUUGCCCUUGAGAAACAGGAAGAAGUGUCUUGACAACCUUUUGUUGUUGGAAGAGGAAGCCUUUCUGACAUUUUUUGUGGGGGGAGAGACAUCAUGUUUAAAGUAUCUUCUCUGAGUGUAGAAACCAAACAUAGCAAAAUAUUUAUUUAUUUAAAUUUUAAUGGACUUUGAGGAUUUUGGGUCCUACUACGGUCAGUGUGUCUAAAAGGAGGAGCAACACCAGCCUGGUAUCUAUGUAUGUAUCUGUAGGUUUAUUUUCCUGUCUAGUUUUAGAAACAUGAGAAAAAGCCUCUGUACACCAAUAGCCUUUUAGAUAAAUCUUCAUAGGGGCUGGAGCAAGAGCCUAUCGUGGCAGCUGGCAAGUGACAUGGCCUCAUUCCAGUACGUUCACCAUGACAAAAAGUUUUGAGACGAGGGUUGGUUUAUGUCACUUUAACUGAGUGAAGGGUGAUCAUGAUACUAGAGGUUUUCCCACAGCAAACUAGUUGUGAUCUGCUUACUCUUGAAGUAAGCAGCUUACUCUUGAAAAACUAUGUUUUCAGGAAAUGGUGAAACUGUAGGCUUCUUACAUGCUGUGUUUGAAACCCCACUUCAUUUUGAAAGUGCUUGGGGAGCAGAUGCUUCUGAAAGAUUGCAUCCACAAUAAUUCACUUAAGAUAAUGGGAAAUAGCUGGAGGUACCUGGGGGCAUCUUGUGUCUUGUCCACCAUUCUGUUUAAUUAAGCAUAAGUCACUUUUCUAUCAUGAAAAGAAUGAUUAAACAGUGCUUUCCUUGCUUGUUGUAAGUCUUGCCAUAGUGCAGGAUGCAAAGUGAAAAAUUACUGCCUUCAGAGCUUGCAUUUCCAGGUUCUGCCCUAACUGGGCUCCACUAAACUCUUGUUUUAUGGGCCACGUGUUGUGCAGGAUUUGCCACCUGGCCCUCCGAGGUCUCUACUAGUUUAGCCCGAUUAUGCUUUCCCUUUCCAAUUUGAGAGGCAGAAUUUGGCCUUCAGCCUGCAUUUUUAAUGUCCAAUCCAUGCUUGCUCUGUGGCAUGCUUGCCAAUAUCUGAUAGGUUCAUUUUCUUGGUCCAAGCUCCCCCUAUUUUCUGAGGACCUAGGAUACUGUGAGUUUUGGUUAUUUGUUCUGGGGUUCUAUAGCUGGUUUUGGUGUGUAGCUUGGUCAUAUGAAAAUCUCUUGAUUAAAUAAAAACCUGAAUGUCUUUAAAAGUACAUUCUUUAACUGUACAGGGUAUAAAAUGGCCCAUAGUGAUACAUAUCAUCAGUCUAACGAAAGCAAUGUUUGUAUCCCAGAAGGGAUCGUGUUUAUUAAUAGCUCUUCACAAAGCAACAGUACAGCACUGAAGUAGCCAGUUUUACCAACUUUCUCCCAAUGAGUGCUCUCUAAAUGUGUCCAGAGACACCUAACUUAAUUAUAACCAUGCAUUGGAGGCUGAUUGCCAAAGAAUUGAUGCUUUUGAAUUAUGGUGCUGGAGGAGACUCUUGAGAGUCCCAUGGACUGCAAGAAGAUCAAACCUAUCCAUUCUGAAGGAAAUCAGCCCUGAGUGCUCACUGGAAGGACAGAUCGUGAAGCUGAGGCUCCAAUACUUUGGCCACCUCAUGAGAAGAGAAGAAUCCUUGGAAAAGACCCUGAUGUUGGGAAAGAUUGAGGGCACUAGGAGAAGGGGACGGCAGAGGACGAGAUGGUUGGACAGUGUUCUCGAAGCUACCAACAUGAGUCUGACCAAACUGCGGGAGGCAGUGCAAGACAGGAGUGCCUGGCGUGCUAUGGUCCAUGGGGUCACGAAGAGUCGGACACGACUAAACGACUAAACAACAACAUUGAUUUAUGUGAAAAGGUUCAACUUCAGAUAUAGACUGGUCAGUACCAGAAAAGAAGAUAGGCUGUUUCUGGUAAUAUCAAGGUUUCCUGGCUCAGCUUUUCCAAUAGGCUCCCCCCACCGGCCACCCCUUGCUGCUUUUAAAAUGCUUCUAAUUUAAGAGAAAAUGCAACUUACUUUCCUCCUUUUGUGCAGGCAAACACACUACAUUUCUGUAAAGCGCUUGAAUAGCUUCCGUAUUUUGCAGUGUCUUUCUGCAACUCCCAUUGCAGAACAGGUUCCAUUGCCUCUUCCUGCUCUGCUUGUGGGCCAGUUGAGUGGUAUAGAGCUCUAAAGGAAGUUGCUACACACUUGACCAAUCUAAGGGGCAAUGUUAAAGGCAAAAUUUAAAACACUACACUUUGUUUUUGUGUACUAGAUUUUAGUUUUCUGAAUAUGUUGUUUGGCAACAUGUUGGUAUUCUGAAGGAGGAGUAGGAAGAAAUCCUUUGGGAGAGAAUUUUGUCCCCAUUUAAAAUUGCAGGCUCAGAGCUUGCCUUCCCACAAUAUUGUAGAGCUGCUCUGCCUGCCCACUACACAAAGCUGGUGGGCACAGAAUGGUGCAAGCACUCUCUGCUUGGACUGCUGUAUCUUCUCUUCCCUACACUCCUUUGUCACUUGAUGGAGUGGGAAGGGAUAGAUGGUGCUCAGUUCUCCUCUGACAGAAUUUGGAUAGAGCAAAUACCCAGUCCCCUAAGGCUUAACUUUUCCUGGCAACAGAUGCCAUUCAGGUAGUGAUGGGUUUUGAAAUGUACAAAGCUACCAAGUUAACUGGACAGUGUUGGCUUUUAGCCACCAUGCCCUACAAGGUCAGCACGCAAGGAAAGUAUCUCAUUGAACCAGUGGCCAAGCCAACCGUCUCCAUGGAAGAAAUAGGAAUUCCAUUGCCAGGUGACUUUGCAGCUUAAAUUAUUGUAUGCACUGAAAUACGUAUAGAAGAGGACAAGGCAUUGUAUUUGGAUGGAACCUUUUGGUGUGCUGGAAAAGUGGCUUUUGAAUCCCACAAGUUCUUCAUAAGGUUAAACUAUUUCACAUCUUAGCAGGGAAGACUAUGAGUGUUCUUUUAAUUUUUUAUUAUACAUCAUUAUUUAACUUUUUAGCACUUGAUUUUUUAAAAAUAACACUGAAAAACAGCAAGGAGUCAUCUUUUAAAAAUGCAGAGCUACAAUAAUGUGACAUUUUAAACAAGUUUUAUAACAAAUACUAAUCAUGGACUAAUAAGUGUUUCCAUAUAAGCAAAGUGAGUUUUAAUAUCCUUGUGGACUUUAUUUUUCUUGGUUUCUAAAUAUGUUGUCACCUUGUCACUGUAAAAUGAGCAGUUUAAGCAGUGCCAUUUAUUGGAAGAUGGGGUUGCACCAGUUGACAGCCUUUCUUUGGAUUGUUCAUGUGGUAAACAGGCAUUCCUCUCCCCUGUGCAUGCUUGCCUUAAGCAGAGAGGUGGACUAAGCACUCCUCAUUUAUCUCCUGCCCUGCUUUUUCCCACUUCUGCCUAAUGAAAAUGAAGGCUUGAAGAUUUUCCUGAGGCAGUUAGUGGAAAGGGCUAGACUAGAACAAUGUCAGGCAUAUUGCAGUAGGCCACAGUGGUCCUGCCUCAUUUCAGUUGCAAUCAUAUCUGGGAGUGAACCCCUAUUGAGCACAGUGGGACCUACUUCUGAGUAAACUUGCUUAGGCUUGUUCUAUGAAUUCAGUGGAAUUCAAUUUUGUGUGUAAUUGCAUAAGACUGUUUGCACAAGUGAUGACCUGGCUGUGUAGAACAUGUUAGGGUUUGCUUUACUCCAUAGAUUGGAAUUUUUGCCGACUUGCUCCACUAGAAUACUGCAGGUUUCUGUUCUUUUUACCUUGCCCAUUGGAAUGAAAGAAUGGACACAUUCAGCUCAGGAACACUGCCUAUAGAGUAAGGAAGUAUUGUGGUUGAAUUGUCACCUUGACAUUCACCAGAGAUUCAGGGUUGCUUUUCACAUCACAGUCUUAAUAACACAGGUGUACUGCCACAAGAAACACUUUAUUUGUCUGCAGGCACAUCAAAAGCUAUAGCAAUGUGUGUUUCCAUCUCCAAAAAGACCAGUACCCAAUAAAGGCCACCGUUUUGAUGCUGUUCCCCGGAGGUCAGCCAGGUGUGUCAUGAUGCAGAUCCUCCUGUCCAAAGAUGAGUACUGUCUGUGGAAACCUACUAGCAAAAUGCAGUCGAUUGGGAUGCCCCCUGCAUUUUCCCUGCAUCAGAUGUCACGGUGCUCACAGCACAUGCAAGCAAUGGACAGAUAGGGAACACCAUCCAUGCGAGGUAGCACUUCAGAACUACACGAAUAAUUUCUAAACUUCAUUGGGUUACAUUUUAAGGAAAGGCAAAGCGUAAUAUCUAAAUCCUGCAUCUUCUCUUGGGAACGUCCACCUGCCCUAUCAUCUUUGCAAUACUUUUCCAUUUACAGUAUCUCUUGAGAUGGGUGUGACUUGCAGCUGCAUUAUGCAGACAUAGAGACAUACAUACAUGUCUGCUGCUGUUCACGUACAAGUGUUUGUAUGUACUAUAGAGUGGUGGCUUUGGUUUGUUUUUACAUACAAGUAUGCACUUCUCACAUAGUGUUUUAGCAGCCCUCGUGUGUGCAUCUGUGUUACAUAGAUUGCUAUGUGAGAAACAGCCCUUUAGAACUUGUAUUAACAUGAAGUAAAAAGGGAAUUGGGUAUUUCAUUGGUCUUUUUUGCUUGGACUCUUUGCCUCCAACAUAUACAGGUGGUGUUGGGAAGAUGUAAUUACUAGAAUAUCAUGGACAAUGAUCUUCUAACCAUAGUUGACUGUAUAUACUGAGACGUUAUGGGUCGGGUUGGGGGGGGGGGUCUGCCGCUGGUACGAAUUCAGUCACUUUAACAUUGGAACUUCUGCCUCAUUGAAUUCAGGGUUUAAUGUACUUGAAGCUGUUCCCAUUCUUACUUUACAGCUUGUGUUAUAUUUAUGUAUUUUAUAUGGUAUUGUGAAAGUCUCUCUUUUUCCCACCUUAACACUGAAACUGAAACUGACUUCUGCUUCAGUUCCUUGGUCACGAGGCAAACAGAAAGGACUUGAAAAGUGUCUCCUUUUCCUGUGCUCUUAAGAAAAAAGGACAGUUGUACAAGACAUCAGCAUUAUGACUUUAAAAAAUGUUUACUUUUCCACAAUGAGUUAGUCUCCUUUCUCUUGCCCCUUCAUGCAUUUCAGGAAAUAUAUUUGCACUUAUCAAAACACUCCUGGGUGUGCUUUAGAUUGCUUUAGCGGGUAGAAUUGGGCAAAUCAGCAUUUUGUUGUGUGGCAAGCUGUGGUGCAGAUGCAGUUGGGUGAGGGGUCCCCUCCCUGGGCUUUGGUGAGAAAGAAAUGAAGUGAAUGCUUUUUGCGACUGUGUUUUCAUGCAGAAGUCCAGGGGUGGCAAGCUCUUGGUGCCGUGGGCAUGCCAUAUCUGCCAGUGGGAUUUGUGCAGACACCAUACAAGCUUCAUGGAGAGGAGUGCAGAAUGCCCAGGAGCAGAGCUUGGUGGGUUACAUCCUUCCCCCCCACGUGUUAACUUCAUUUCAGUUAAAAGAAAAACACUGCCACUUUGCCAAAGCUGUUCCUCCAUUCACAGCUUUCCAUGAGUGAUGCUAAUGGCAGUUGUGCAGAAGAACCAGUGUAUUGGUGGUUCUGCUUUCUUCUCUGUCUGCUUUUGGAAAUUAGCAAAGUCAGUGUGUUGAAUCGUCUCCCAAACACCUGUCCCCUCCCCCCAAGUGGACAUCCGAAGGAAUUAUUUUUCAAUAAGAACUGGAGAAAAUGUUAUAUUUGUUUAUUCAUUCAUAAUGAUCUGUGUCUAGCCUGUGUCAUCACCCCUCCCCAUUUAAAACAACAACAACAAAUAAUUUGUGUUGCCGUUGAAAACCAAGAUGGUAAAAUAGCUAUUAUGACUGGCUAGUAACAAGACACUGUCUUUUUAUUGUUUAUAAGGGUAUGUGCUUAUUCUGACAUUGCUAUAUGAAAAGACAAGAAUCCAUUUGUACCCACACAUGUGAUAUUGCACAAUGGACACCAGUACCAACAAUUUGUCUCCAUUCCUGUGUACUCUUAUCUGUAACAAUGAAUUUGUAGAAUUGUUAUUUCUGUAGACCUUGUUACUACGUACCAACCUUUGUAGAUUCUGUGAAAUGUUAUUUUAACAAAAAUCACCAGAGUCUUUAAUAGCAAAAUCAUUGUUAUUCACUUUAAAGUCAAUAUAUUAGAGGAGUUUCUCGAACCAAAAUAGAAGCUCUCAACACUAUAAAAGUCGUGUUAUUUUUCCCCUGGGGAGGUUCCCUGGGGACAUUACUGUAUUAUGACUUAAUGUUGCUGCGUAGAUUUUGAGACUUAAACAACAUUUGGAGGGUUUUGUUGUUUGGCCUAUGUUCUCUUGCAUAGUGUGAAAUCUAUGAAGCUUGGUUAACCUGUAUAUAGAUAGCUCAUUGUUUAUUAGUCAUAGUGUAUUUAGGAUUGCCUGUAAUAUUUUAGCUUCUUACUGAAUGUGAGUGAUGGUAGGAACAUAUAAUUUUUGUACAUUAUAUUAACGGAGAUGUUGCCUUUUUUAUUUUACAAAUACUUUGGAAUUCAGAUGUGGUUUUGCUUCUGUGAAAAUUAAUUUGGAAAGGUUUUUAAAAUGACAUUCCACUGAUUAAAUCUUUGCUUGAGGUUGACUUCAAUAAAUUGUUCUGAAUGUUCCAAUUAAGUAUUUGAUUAUUUUAUUUUUAUCACUGCCUCUUUAAGCAUAAAGGGUUAUUUUGAGAGUAGCAUUUUUGAAUUGACUAGAACUAAAUAUCUGUUACUCUUUUGUUAAGUAUAUUGCAGGUAACAAAUGGAGAAAUGCCUGGGGAUAAAAUACCAAGACAAACUGUUAGAGUGCCACGUACAAUUAAUUGUCAAAAUGUGUAUAAUUUUCUGAAAGAAUUGAAGGAUUUGAUUAGCUGCCCAGUCUGCUUUGUUUUGUGGAAUGAGAUGUUAAGCAGGGACGGGCUUCAGGGGGUUUGAGAACAAUUUCCAACAUGUGAAAACAAAAGAUGGCAAUGCCCUAUUGAAAUUUUCACCCUCUUCCCCGUGGAAUUGACUUUGGGAAGUGAUUGCAGGGGAGAAGAAAGAAGUGGAGCUCCUGUAGGGAGGAAGGAGUAGAAGCCUUGGGGAGUCAUAAAUGAAACUGGUUGUUUUGGGGUUUGUGGAGGAACUAAGGGAGAGUAUUGAACAGAUGUGACUUGUAUCAAGGAGAAAGUGUCAAAAUAAAAAAGGAAGGGGGCUUUUCAAAGGAAUGUUCAGAGGAGAAUAAUGGAGGGCUAAAGCACAGAAAAGAUUGUGUUGAGGUAGUCUGUCUCCUAGGGAGAAAAAUGGAGAAUGGUGAGUUGUUACUGAGUAUGUGAGUAAUAGAAAGUUGUAUUGGCCAGGGUAUCUCUGAAGAGGUGGGGCAGUUUUGUGGAGGACAGAAUCGCAAGGGAGAACAUUAAGGCAAGCUGAAACUUGGGGUAACCUAAAAAGAAAUGGGGUGUCAUUGAGGGGAGGUGGUAGUACAGAAUAUUUAGAUGGGCUGGCUAGUGAAUUAGGAGGCUGGGAAGAGAAAAAAAUGCAGAUUAGUAUGAAAUAUAAUUCAGGGGUCCUGAAAACAGCUCUAAUGGGGAGUGGCCAUAUGAGAUUCUAUUACACUUACCUGUUUUGCUGGGCUCUUGUAGUUGGUUUACCGCCCUGAGUAACAACUGCAGACGGGUGGUAAAGAAAGUCCAAACCUUUUUUUCAGAUUUUCAUCAUAUUCUCCUUUAUGCUCGAGCAAGCAGUGAAAUUCAUUUCUGUCUUCCAUAGUUUCUCCCAGGCAUCUAAUUCAAUUACCUGGCCAAGAUCUCUUGCCCAUUUUAUCGUUACAUGUUUCGUUGUUUCCUCUUUAAGUUCUCAUUCCAGCAAAAGAUUGUAUAUUUUGGAUAAAGUUUUUUGGGGAGUAUAAUUAAUUCGUGGGUUAAACCACAGAGCCUAGGGCUUGCCGAUUAGAAGGUUGGUGGUUCGAAUCCCCGCGACGGGGUGAGCUCCCGUUGCUCCCGAAAGCACGUCAAAGUUCAAGUAGAUAAAUAGGUACCGCUCUGGUGGGAAUAAACGGUGUUUCCGUGUGCUGCUCUGGUUCGCCAGAAGUGGCUUUGUCAUGCUGGCCACAUAACCUGGAAGCUGUACGCUUCCCUCGGCCAAUAAAGCGAGAUGAGCACCGCAACCCCAGAGUCGGUCAUGACUGGACCUAAUGGUCAGGGGUCCCUUUACCUUAACUCAAAUCCUUCCUUCUUAUCCUGAUUAAAUCUAUACACCAAUUGGUGGUAUUGUAACCAGCUACUACAGAAACGUUUUAGUUCUUUAUACGACUUUAAUUUAAUACGCCCCUCUUCCACCCUUGUUAACUGAUGGUACGUUGGCCAUGAUUCCUCCGUAUUCUUUUUCUUUAGCGAUAUCACCUCUAAAGGUGACACCCAUUUGGGGAUUUUUGGUUCUAGUAAGCAUUUAUACUUAAUCCAUAUCUUGUAUAAAGGUCUUCUUAUGAUGUGGAUCAAGAACUCUUUAUGUACUGAUAUUUUAUUAUAAAUCAAAUAGGCGUGCCACCCAUAUUGGUUGUUCCAGCCUUCCAGAUGUAGGACUUCUGAAUUAUUUGAGUUAAUCCAAUCUUUUAUCCAGUCUAAACAGACUGCCUCGUAGUAUAAUCGUAGAUCUGGAAGGCCGAAACCUCCUCUUUUACGUUUAUCCGUUAACAGUUUGAACUUAACUAUUGGUUUCCUUUUCUGCCCGAUGAAUCUUGAUAUGUCUCUUUUCCAGGUCUCAAAACAAUUUAUUUCCCCUAUUAUAGGUAACAUUUGGAAUAGAAACGUCAAUUUCGGCAAGAUACUCAUCAGGGCCAUCUCAAGCAUGUCGGGCACCAUGGUGCGGAGAUCGCUCUGGC